AUGGAUAUUUCAAUAUUUUUCCUUUCAUUAAGUUCUUUUACUGUUGCCGGAGACAUAUCGAACACUGUACAAAAUCUUUAUUGCGAGCUUGGAUUAAAAAAUGACAAUUUAUGUCCCAUCGAUGGUAGUUGGACUCGUUGGAGUUUAUGGAGUUCUUGUUCCGGAAAAUGUGGCUACAAAGGCAAGAGAAGUAGACAUCGUACAUGUAAUAAUCCAUCACCUUCGAAUAAUGGUAGUCCCUGUGUUGGUCCUAAUUAUCAAAUUGAAACUUGUCAAAUUAUUGGAUGUACGAUGAAGGAUUACGAAGAUGUUGUAUAUAAUCAUCCGAUACGCAUAGAAGAAAUGAAAGUUGUACAGCGAAUACAUAAAAAGUUGCCUGCUCUAAUUGAAUUAUGUUUUUCUGUUGAUUGUAUGUAUUUCAUUGUCAAGAAAAUUCUUGGGAGCAAUGCAAUGCAAUAUUGGAAUGCAAUGAACUGUGUUAAAUACGAUGUUGGAUGUCCAAACCCUGGAGGCUGGAGUACUUGGGGGGUAUGGUCACCAUGCACUGCAGCAUGUGGAAGAGGUAAAAAAUAUCGAACAAGAAUUUGUAACAGUCCAGUUCCUUCGCAUCUUGAAUUAAUGUGCAACAAUUCAGCCUUGGAAAUGGACAGCUGCGUGGGAUUUAACUGCAAAAAGCACUCAAUGGGAACUUGGACUAAUUGGAGCAACUGGAACACAUGCAGUGUACAAUGUGGCAAUGGUAUUAAAAUAAGAAAACGAUCAUGCUUAAAAAUGCAAAAUGCACAGGAAACAUCAUGUAAAGGUCCAAUUAAGGAGAUAAAUGCUUGUGCGAUCAGCAACUGUUCAAUAAAUGGACGAUGGUCAGCAUGGACACAUUGGACACCAUGUUCAUCAAAUUGUGGUAUAGGUACACAGUUCAGAAAUCGCAUGUGUAACAAUCCAUCUCCAAGUGGUAAUGGUGAUCCAUGUUCUGGUUCUGUUUCUGAAGUUCGCCAAUGUUUCAGUAAACCAUGCAUUGUUAAAUCGCACGAAGUAGCGCAUUUUAUGGAGAAAAGUAGUCUUCUGUAUUCAACAAAUGGAAGACCUUCACGUUUGCUUCAUAUGUAUUUAAGAUUUUUACCAUUGACACCGUUUGGUGUGCUCAUUCAUCGAUAUGAAAAUAAUUGCCGAGAAUUAUCCUGCAAUUAUGUUAAAUUAUCGUUGCAUAACGGAAAAGUAGUACUCGUGUCUCAAAUAUCUGGUUGUACAAUGGGCUUAGUUCACGAAGAUAAAAUAGAAAUUGGAGAAUGGCAUGUAGUGUUUGCAGUAAUAUGUGGAUCACGCGGUAUUUUACGUGUUAACAAUGGUUUACACAAAGCUACUACUUUUUCAUGUAUUCCGACAUCGUAUAAUUUGGAUCAUAUUAUGAAAGUUGGAGAAGUAUUUCAAGGUCAAAUUCAAGAAAUAAUUAUUAACUUCGAAUCUAUCCUACUUUCUAUACCAAAGGAUAAACACGAUCGAAAGCAUAAAAUUGUUCCUUCGAAUAUUAUUAACGUACAAUAUUCAUUGGGAGAUGACGAGGAAGCUUUCAUAUCUGUUGGUUUAACAGAAUCGGUUACAGUUCCAUGCCCAAAGGAUAUGGAAUCUUGGCAAAUCACAAUGGCGAUAAAAGUAGAAAAUAUAAAUGGCGUUGUGACAAUCAUACCAGACGAUUUAUCCAAUAAGUACAUCCUACUAUUGCUAGAAGAGGGAAGAGUUAAACUUAGAUUUCAUCAGGGAGCGACUCAUGUUGCAACUGAAAGUACAGAACACAUUUCAAUAGGAGAAUGGUUCGAAGUAAUGCUGGUACAAGAUGGUAAAAAAUUAUACAUGCAAAUUAAUGGAAAUGAGAAAAGAUAUGUACCUUUAAUUUCGGAAAGGAUGAUUACAGUUGCAACUAGUAUAUUCAUAGGAGCUAUACGCGACGAAAUACGGGAGAAGAUAUGUCCUAAAUGUGCAGAUAUACCACAAAUGAGCUUUACGCUUGGACAUCUUAAUAUAGAUGGAAAUCAAAUAGAUCUGUUAUCGUUACCAGUUUUAGAAACGACCAGUAAAAGUUACACAAGCCGCACUAUUAGUUUAUCCGAUUACUAUGAAGAAAUUCCCCUCUUAAUAGGUCAAGAACUUGAGUUAUCAUGUUUCUAUGAUAAAAUACCCCGUGAGAAAGGAUAUCUUGCACCUUCUAAAAGAACAUACGUUGUAUGGUUAUUAAUGGACAAAUUAUUGCAGUCCUAUGGAAAUAGGUAAAGCAAUUCGAUACCUAUUUCGUAGAUCUUUCUGUAACAAUUUAUUCUUCGUUGUCCA